AUGUUGCGGCCGGUUGUUUCAAAUGCGGACUCAUCGCCGUCCUCAUUUCACACGGCAAUAGAUUCGGAGCCAUCGCAUGAUUCGACAGCAGCGAGCAGCCCGCUACAGUCUCUACAACAGACACCAUUUCGCGACGUGCGGCCCUUACCACGCGAACUCAAAGGACACUGCCAAAUCUUCCUCGAAGAGGGCCUCUAUCUUGGCGCCAUCAACCUGUAUGACAGCCUACUUGGCGCGGGCUCUUCGCGCCAGCGGCCGACAUCAAAGAGCGUAUACGUCCCACCUCCCACCCAUCUUGCCGUCCUCAACACCUUGAUCGUUCAUCCCGUGUACACAAAUCGCGCCGACAAGCAGUCCCAGGAGAUUGCGGCCUCAGCCCUCAGCUACCUUCGCAGCCUCCUCGAGGUGGUAGGACCUGUCAACGCCAACUUCCGCGCCGCCUUCGAGUUUUAUUCGACGCCACGAUGGCACCGCCGACGAACAGGCUACAGUACUGAUGGAACCCUCUCCGACGGGCCCAUCGACGAGCGCGAUCGCGAUCGCAUCAGCGGCAGCCUCGCCAACGAGAACAGCAUAUGGAGCAGGGGGCAAGAUUUCUGGUCCACGCUCGGGUGGGCGUUGAACUGCAGCACGCUCUACCCGCAGCGCUGGCGCUACUGGAAGGCGUGGCUUGACUUCAUGCUCGACGUCUUGCAGUCGGACUGGUCGGAGCGGGAGCGGCUGGACCAGGAGGCGCACGAGGCAAGCGGCAGGCAUGGGCCCACGCCGACCACCAUGCGGCAGGACUCCAUCCUGGCCAUGUACAUGGAGCAGAAGAACGGACCGCAGGGCGGCUUCAAGGCCAUCAUGAAGGCCCUCUUUGCCGACGGCGGCAGCCUCUCCACCUCAGCCUUCCACGAAGUCUUCGAGAAGGAGCCGCGAGGCCGCCAGAGCGAGAGCCGGAAGCGGAAGCGCAACGACCGCGUCGAUGUGGACAAUGGCAAGUUUGGCGACUACCUCGACGACGAACCCUUCUCAUGCGGAGUGUCUGAGCCGCCAACGCCCGAGAAACCGCGUAACCCGCGCGAAGCGACUGCUUCGUUCGGGACAACGUUUCCAGGGCUCACUGAUACGAUAUCGCUGCGCCUGCGUCUGUUUCAGCUGCUGUUGGGUGCAACCUACGCGCUACGGAAGUUGUCCUAUGUGCGCCACCUGUUUGACGCCUACGCGUCGUCGCUCAAGGUGGUACCCCUACCAGUAUUUGGUCUCGUCGUCGGACAGCAACAGCGGCGGCGACCCGGCGGCGACGACGGCGGCUACCCAGGGGGCGGCCUACCACCAGGACUGCGCGUGACGCUCAUCAAGGCGCUUUUCAACUUGCUGCUGCCGGCAGGCCACCGCUCACCACGGCGCGUCGACCCCGAAGGCGAUGAGGAAGGGCGCCUCAGCGCAGCCAUGCUCGAGCAGUGCUACGCGCCGCACCCGGCCAACACGGUCGGCAUCGACGACAACGCCAAGCUCUCCCUCGUCGUCGAGGCCGCUGUCCAGCUGCUCUGGGCGUGCGGCUCUCUCGCGUACUCCCCGACCCUCGAGGAUGCGAUCCGCGCCGGCGUCGACGCCCGUAACGCAAAGGUCAAGCGCAAGCGUACGGGCAGGGCCCCGCCGGACCCGGACGACGCGCUGGCGGCGGAGGCGCUGGACGCGUCGGCCAACCGGCUGCGCGUCUUGCUGGAGGUGAUGAAGGCGACCGCGAGUGAAGAGGAAGACUGUGUAGCAUAA